UGAAUGGAAGGCUUUUAUCAAAUGUAAUCUGUUUGGUGCUCAAAAUAUUUGUAUCUUUAUUUGGAUUUAAACCCAAAAUUGGUGUGACUUUUCAAAUGUUUCCAAAUGUAGGGAAUCGUUGUUUAUAAUUGCUGUUUACAACAAUAGCCGGGCGGCCAGGGGGAGAACGCUUAUCUGUUUCAUAUAAAUAAUAUAUUCCUAUUCAAUUAUGUCCCUAAUAUAAGUAGAGAAUGGCGCAAUGCUGUGGUGAUAUUUAAAAAGCUAUACAAAACACCUUUCUAACCCGUGAUCCUGAGGCUUGCUAGCUAUAUAAGAAGCCACACACAGUCAGAAACGAAACUGUAUUAAAGAGAACUGCAGACUGUUCCAGGAAGGGUAUACCUGUGGCACAGAUUCAAUCAAGGAGAUGGCAGAAACGCUGAAAACAGACGAGAAGAUGGAAGAUGAACUGGAUGACAUCCCUCCUGGUUAUUUAUGUGACUUAGAAGAAUAUCAUAAGAACAAGGACGAUGGUCUUGAGGACAUUGGAGAAGUGGUGAUGGCUGACUGCCAUCGUCGCCCACAUUAUCCUGGACACAGAUUUUUCAUUAUGUAUCAUGGCACUACAUUGGCGAUUGCACAGAAGAUCCAAGUUGGAGGCUUCAUUCCCUCUUUUGAUGGCAUGCUUGGCCGUGGGGUCUAUUUAAGCCGUGAUUUUAAUAAAGCCGCUCGAUAUCCACUACAGGGACGAUCACAGAGUCUAGCGGUCAUCAUGGUGAAUGUACGAGUGGGUAAAGUGAAGAGGAUCGAUUAUCAAGGCCAUCCCCUGCAGAAGACAUGGCAUCAGCAUGGUUAUGACACAGCUUGGGUGCCUCCCAACUGUGGAAUGGUGUCUACUGGUUUAGAGGAGGACUGCGUGUAUGAUCCAAGUCGAAUUGAAGUCCUGAAGAUUAUUCCAAGAGAAACAAAACUAGCCAGGCUGGCACUUCUAAAAUCUCCUUUUUCUACCACCAUGGAUGAAAAGACGGCACCGUCUGCGGAUCUCAACUACACUGCACCCUCAGAUGUGGAGUGUGAUGUGUGCACCGGAAGGAAGCGUAAAGCAGAGCAAUCCUGUUUGGAGUGUAUGUCUUCGUUCUGUGAAAGCCAUAUGGAUCUGCAUAAGAUUCUGUAUGUGGGGAAGAGACACAAGCUGGUGGCGGCUACGAGAAGCCUCAAAGAGAGCAUCUGUCCUAAGCAUGGCAAAUUCAUGGAGAUUUUCUGCCGCAAAGAUCAGCAGUGCAUAUGUCACCUGUGCAUUACAAAUAAACACAAAAAUCAUGAUGUUGUCUUGAUUGAGGACGAGGUACCUGAGAAGAAGACAUCAGCAGUGCAUGCAGUGGAGGAGAAUGAGAAGAGCUUUACAGAGCUGAUACGCUCCAUUGAGAUGAGGCAGCACGCAGUGAAGGAGCUGAUCUUGACUCAGGAAGAGGCUGCCGUGAAGCAAGUUAAUACACUUUUAGAGAAACUAGAACAGGAGAUCACUGAUCUGAAGAGCAGAGAUGCUGAACUACAGCGCCUGGAGUCGCUCUCUCAAGCAGACAACAACAUCUCUUUUCUACAAGAAGAGAAUUGCACAGGCGAUACAGAUCUUGAGAAGAUAGAAGAAAAGCUGACAGUUUGUGUGGCCAUGGAUACUGAACAGGCAGACGACUUCAAUCUUGGUUAUUCCGGGGGAUUAGAAGAAUAUCACGAGGAGGUGGAUGAAGAUCAUAAGGAGUUUAGUCAUGGGAUGUUGGGAGCCAGCCCUUCUUUCUAUCCUGGACGUAGAUUUUACAUUAUGUAUCAUGGCACUACAUGGGAUAAUGCUCUGAAGAUCCAAGCUGGAGGCUUCGUUCCCUCUGUAGAUGGCAUGCUUGGUCCUGGAGUGUAUUUAAGCCGUGAUUUUCAGAAAGCCUGUAGAUAUCCACUGUAUAACCGAAACCAGAAGCUAGCAGUCCUCAAGGUGAAUGCAAAAGUGGGUAAAGUGAAGAGGAUCGAUUUUCAAGGCCAUCCCCUACAGAAGACAUGGCAUCAACAUGGCUAUGACACAGCUUGGGUGCCUCCCAACUGUGGAAUGGUGGCCAGUGGUUUAGAGGAGGACUGUGUGUAUGACCCAUUUCGAAUUAAAGUCCUGGAAAUUCUUCCAAAUUAGACCCAUUAAUCCAGAGCCAUUAAAAACCUACAGCUGAAAUGUAGUUGAAAUUUUGAUAACCAUCUUUCGUAACUAACAAUUGAUGAAUAUGUGAAACAUGAAACACCCAAAAACUUUUCUUUUUUCUCUUACCAAUUUCUCAGAUUUACUUAUUUGUCAUCUCAAUGUCAUCUUAACAGUGUUGCAAUUAAGUGUCGUUGUUGUUGGUUUGUUUUGUUUAGUUUUUUUCUUUUUCUUUUUUAUUUUAACUAAUGCCACAUAUGAGACAUUGCUGUAUGAAUGCACUUCUACCUUGAAAUAUCAUUAAAUGUUCAACAUGGCAUAUAUUGAUCUAAUUUUGUGACAAUGUUAUAAAUAUUCAAAACCAUAUGCAGUAAAUAAAAAUUCAUUUGACUAUAUGUGUGGUGUAGUAGAUUUCUCAAUUGUAGCAGUAAUUUGAUUAAGGUUAAAAUGAUCAGGAAUGUAUUUCAGACAUAGCAUGUGAACUUAACCUGAUCAUCUAAACUGUGUUUAAUAACAAUAUUACUCAGGGUAUGUUUGGUAUCAUUUUUAUCCAUAUAUCAUAGUGAACUAUGUUGUGAUAUCAUAAAUAUCAUAUAGGUUUAGGAAACAACAUUUACAAUAUAUGUUGCAAUGUGUGCAACAUAACUUUCAAAGAGGCUAUCCUAUGUCCGUGACAUUGAUCAACAUUUUGUAAGUUACAUUUUACAAGUCUAAUUAUGUAAAUUUUGUAUUUUGUGUAUAAAAUUUAUUUUUAUAAAAUAAAUCUAUUUUAGUUGUAAUUUUGUGUAAUGAAAUUAAUUUGUUAUUUUAUCUCCA